GUGUCUUGUCUAAAUCUGUUUUAAUUCUAAAGGCUGUGGUGAAGGUAGUGAGAUUGGCUCAUAAAAUUAUUUACACAUGUCCAGAUUUCAACAGUUUUGUCACUCGGACCAACACGUGUGGAGAGCUGCGUUCUGCUCAUGUGGGACAGAAGGUGACUCUGUAUGGAUGGGUUCAAUAUCAAAGGAGGUCCUGAGCAUCUCAUCUUUGAGCAAUUGUGGAUGGAGACCCAGGAAAAGGAGUUGGGAUUAUUGCAAUGUGAUCGUGGUGAUCUUGUUUUUAAGGACACCAGAGCAUGUCCCAUUGGGCAGUUUUUUGAUGGAUAAAGCACAGUGGCAGCUGUCCCUGCUGCAGCUUGAAGAAAUCAAGAUUUAUGGUUCUGGCUCUGGCAGUGUGGAUUGUUCAUGUGGAACUUUUUAUGGGACAAAUGUUCCCCUUCUUGGCUUAUGAUUGAAUUUUGUUGUUGUUGUUUUUAUUCCACGUGAACUUUAGUUUUAUUGCUCAUUUAAUUGUUUUUAGCUGAGUGUGGUUUCCCAGUGGGAAAAUUCACGUGUCCAGAAUCCCUGCUCUGCGUGCAUGAAAGCUCAAAUUAAAAUUCUGCCUCUCCUGGUUAUUUGCAUGUUGUCUGAGGCUGGUCACAAUGUAAAAUAAAUUGUUUGGGUUAGGUUCAGGUGUGGAAAAAAUGUCUAUGAUUCAUUACUUGGAAGUGCUUUGGGAUGAGUUGCAGGGUACUGAAAGUGUAGCCAGUUGCCAUAUGCUUUAAAAAGUAGGAAAUACUAAAUUUGUGAAAAUAAUGUUCUUCCUUUUUUGCUUUUCAUGGCUCAGACAAGGCCUGUUUCUGGUGUUGAGGGAUUUCCAGGGACUGACCCAGGUCAUCAUUCCUCAGGAUGAGGCACAUUCCCACGUCAAGGAGCUCCUGUCCAACGCCCCGCUGGAGUCUGUGGUGCGAGUGACUGGGACAGUGUCCCCUCGGCCCCUGGGGCAGGAGAAUCCGAAAAUGCCAACAGGGGAUAUUGAAGUGAAGGCAGAGACUGCAGAGAUCCUAAACUCCUGCAAGAAGCUGCCUUUUGAAAUCAAGGAUUUUAUCAAGAAGUCGGAGGCCCUGCGGAUGCAGUAUCGGUACCUGGACCUGCGCAGCUUCCGGCUGCAGUCCAACCUGCGCCUGAGGUCUCGCCUGGUGAUGAGGAUGCGCGAGUAUCUCUGCAAUCUCCACGGGUUCGUGGAUGUAGAAACUCCAACUCUGUUUAAAAGAACCCCAGGGGGAGCCAAAGAAUUCCUUGUGCCCUCGAGGGAAGCAGGCAAGUUCUACUCUCUGCCACAGAGCCCUCAGCAGUUCAAGCAGCUCCUCAUGGUUGGAGGCCUGGACAGGUACUUCCAGGUUGCUCGCUGCUACCGCGAUGAGGGCUCACGGCCUGACAGGCAGCCGGAAUUCACCCAGAUAGAUAUAGAGAUGUCCUUUGUAGAUCAAGCUGGGAUCCAGAGGCUCAUCGAGGGCCUCCUGCAGCAUUCCUGGCCUGAGGAAAGAGGCUCCAUUACAAUUCCUUUCCCUUCCAUGACAUACGAGGAGGCACUGGCUGAGUAUGGGACUGAUAAACCAGACACUCGCUUUGGGAUGAAGAUUGUGGAUAUCAGUGAUGUUUUACGAGGAUCAAACAUUCACUUUGUGCAGAAUGCCCUCAGUUACCCACAGGGCUCCAUCAGAGCCAUUCGUAUCCCUCAGGGAGUGAGGUAUCUUACAAAUAAAGACUUGGAGUCAUUGAAGGAGUCUGCAAAAUCCCAGUUUAAGCAGGAAAUCAUGGAAAUUAUCCGCAGACCUGAUGGAAGCUUGAAGUCUCUGCUUACAAAGUUCCUUGGUGAGAAGGAGAAGUCAGAGCUGAUCCAGGCACUGAACAUGCAGGAGGAUGAUGUGGUGCUGCUGGCAGCUGGAGAACACAAGCAAGUGUGCUCUGCAUUAGGAGCCCUGCGGUUGUUGAGUGCCAACCUCCUGGAGGCAGCUGGGCUAGCACUCCGUGAUCCCACAGCCUUUCACUUCCUCUGGGUGGUGGAUUUCCCCCUUUUCCUCCCCAAGGCUGAGAAUCCCACUGAACUGGAAUCUGCUCAUCACCCCUUCACUGCCCCUCAUCCUUCAGAUGCCAGCCUCCUGUAUUCUGAUCCCACAAAGGUCCGUAGCCAGCACUAUGACCUCGUCCUGAACGGCAGUGAGGUUGGAGGUGGCUCCAUCAGGAUUCACAGUGCAGAGCAACAGCGUUUCGUGCUGGAGAAAGUGCUGAAGGAGGACUCCGAGGUGCUUUCCCAUCUGAUUGAGGCUUUGGAACUUGGAGCUCCACCUCACGGAGGAAUUGCUUUAGGACUUGACAGGCUGAUCUCUCUCAUUGUUGACGCUCCAAGUAUCCGGGACGUCAUUGCCUUUCCAAAAUCCUUCAGGGGACGAGACCUGAUGGGCAAUGCUCCAGACUAUGUCACUCCAGAAGAACUAGAGCCAUAUCACAUUCAGGUUUCCUGGCCUCUUGAAGAAAAGGAGGCAAAGAAAAACUGACUUCACGCCGGUGAUGUAAGCUGGUCUGAUCAACCAGGAGUGGUUACGGCUUCUAAAGGCCGGGAUUCAGUUCAGAAAAUAUCAGCUGUUGUGGCAGGGCGGGGGACAGUCCAAUUCCACUGUACUGGGGCAGUUUCAGGAUGGAGUGGGAAGUAGAUGAGGGGCCUUCCUGAUAGGAAUUCACCUUUGGGAGGUAAUGGGAACCACAUGCGAAAAAGCAAUAGAAAAGAAAGUAAUUUUAGCGUAGGAUAUUGAGACUGUUUGCUUUAGGGUGUCAUGUUAGAGGGAAGAUGGGAUCUGGUUUUUCCUAACCCUCAGUUUUUACACGUCCCUUGUAAAGUAUUCCUCCUCCCAUCUGGAGGAGAUAGUCAGCUUCCCUGGCAGGAAUUAAAUCAUGAUCCUCAUUAAAUCACGUCAGCUGAGCGCUGUGACAAUAAAACUGUGCUGCACCAGGAGCUCUGAACACUGCACAGCCAAACUUGCGUGCAGCCAGCAACUUUGGUGUUGGAGGAUACCAGAUCAUGCAGAACUUUGCCAUGGAGAGUUCACACUCAGCUGUGUUUUCCCUUCAAAGGAGAGGGAGAGAAGCAUCGAUGAUGUUUGCAACAGUUGUCCUUGUAAUACUUGUCCAAGAAGUGUUGACCUGUCUUUGGGGCCUGUGGUCCUGGUGCUUUCAGCACAGUCAUUCAGGAGUUUGUAUGUUUAUAAAUAAAGUUUACCUGGCAGUGUG